UGCAAACAUACUGUGGUUGGUCAUACAAACGUCGGAAGUCUAACUUGCUGUAGUUAAGUUCGGGAUAAUUUCUAUAUUGGUUUAACUUUACAAAGUAAAAUUGGGAGGGGAAAAGCUUUUACCGCUCAUUGCAGGGGGUAGCCUGCGAAUUGUGUGAACUCUGGCUAUAGGAGUGCCGAAAGGUAUUAACUUGAUAAGUGCUGGAAGAAGGAGCAGGCUGCAGCUAGUAAUGUAAAAAAAAACUACUUUGUAAAACGAUUUACGAAAAUCGAAAACAAAACAGGCAGUAUGAGUGCUUAGAAACUGCUGUGCUGGCUUAACGAACUAUCUUCAUAUAUGUAAAUGUACAUAAAUACAUUGUUUUGAUGACAAGUAUUCAACACUUCCUUUUUUGUAGAAUGGAAGUGCGAGCAGCAAAGAUGAGCAGUUUGCAUUGCACUACGGCCAUGCUCUCCUCCCUUCAAGCAUCUGCUUCAUCGGCAGUCUCUCCCAAAGCCACUCCAAAGAAGACAGUAUCCAAGAAUGCCGUUGCUGAAUCCAUUCUCUUAGAGCCCCAGAAUCAACAACCAAAUUUGCAAGAGGACUUUAAUAGCAAAAAUGGAACAUGGGCAAGCCCUGCCGGUUCCAUAUUGGAGCUGAAAAAGGAAGAAGACUUACACCAGCUCAACAAUUUUCAGGGUAGCGGAAUUGUGGAAAAUUCUAAUGGCUCGAUAAGUGGUUCCUCAUCAACUGCCUCGGCUACACCCGGAUCGAGUACCAUCGUAAGUGGCACUGAAAUCGGCUCUGUUAGAGACACUUCGUGCUUAGCUGCCGCCGCCCACGUUAAGAAGCGCAUAUCGAGCAGCCGUACACCGACACGCAAGGCCCAUCGGAUUAAAUUCUAUCGGAACGGGGAUCGCUUCUACCCUGGAAUAACUAUUCCUGUCUCCUACGAACGAUAUCGAUCCUUUGAGAGUCUUUACGUAGAUCUUACCCGGUUGCUGGAGGAGAAUGUUAAGAUACCAGGCGCUGUUCGCAACAUUUUUAGCAUGUGUGGAAAAAAGAUUACCUCCUUUGAAGAGUUGGAAGACGGACAGAGUUAUGUUUGCUCCUGCAAUAACGAGAAUUUUAAGAAGGUGGAAUACAACACUACUUCCCAACCUUUGGCCAAUUUGACGAUGAGCAACAAUAAUCGCUCAAACAAUCUGCGGCUGACAAAGCUUCAUCGGCCUGCCUCUCCACUGAAAAAUGGACAAUUUACAGGCAGUAAUGGGCCAGUGUUGCCUUGCGGUGUAGGAGCGGCAAUCGGCAGUCCCUUGAACGUAUAUAGAUUCAGCGAGCGUGACACUGUGGUUUAUCCGCGUAUCGUAACGCUGAUACGAAAUGGAACUAAGCCACGCCGAAUUGCGCGGUUGUUGCUGAACAAACGUAACAGUCCAAGUUUUGAUCACGUCCUGACUGCCAUUACGCAAGUGGUUCGCUUAGAUACGGGAUAUGUGAGAAAAGUAUUUACUCUUUCAGGGAUAUCAGUACUCCAACUCGCAGAUUUUUUUGGACCGGAUGAUGUUUUUUUUGCUUACGGAACAGAGCGUGUUAACACGGUGGAGGAUUUUAAACUUGAGGCGGAAGAGCAGCGUGCUAUCAAUAUUAUUCGCAAAACAUUGCGUACGGAUGGAACUGCCUGUAAAGGGCCCAAGCCCAAGAUGCCUGUUAAAAGUAAAAAGGUUUAUCCUCUCCUAGUAGAUUCGAAUUCGUACAAAGCGGCUCCUGCGUUAGAAGUUGAUGAGCAUGCGGCAUUGCUUAAGAGCACUGGCGUAGAAAUCAAUAAUUUUCCAACAGAUAUUCGCGAUCAUUACAUAUUGGAACACAUUAUCGGGGAUGGAAACUUUGCUGUUGUACUAAAGAUCAAGGACCGCCACAGGGGUAAUGCUUAUGCCCUAAAAAUAAUUGAUAAAAAGAAGUGCAAGGGUAAGGAGCACUAUAUUGAUGCUGAAGUUCGAGUCAUGAAAAAGCUCGAUCAUCCGCAUAUAAUAUCACUUAUAAUGGAUAUAGACCAGAAUACAAAUAUGUAUCUGGUACUGGAAUAUGUAAGUGGUGGCGAUCUUUUCGAUGCAAUAACCCAGGUGACGAGGUUUUCAGAAAGCCAGUCCCGCACUAUGAUUCGGCAUUUGGGCUCUGCCAUGUCGUACUUACAUUCCAUGGGCAUUGUGCACCGAGAUAUUAAGCCAGAAAAUCUCCUUGUUGAACUGAAUGAGCAUGGAAACGUUAUCGAACUUAAGUUAGCUGAUUUUGGAUUAGCAUGCGAAGUAACAGAACCUUUGUACGCUGUCUGCGGGACUCCCACUUAUGUAGCACCUGAAAUACUAUUAGAAGUGGGAUAUGGGUUAAAGAUCGAUGUUUGGGCGGCUGGGAUCAUAUUGUAUAUAUUGCUCUGUGGGUUUCCCCCAUUUGUGGCGCCUGACAAUCAGCAGGAACCCCUCUUUGAUGCGAUAAUAUCGGGUAUUUACGAGUUUCCCGAUCCCUACUGGUCGGAUAUAGGCGACGGCGUACGUGACCUCAUUGCUAACAUGCUGCAGUCGGAUCCGGAAGUUCGCUUCACUAGCGAAGAUAUCCUUGACCAUUAUUGGACGAUGGGAAAUGAGAAUGACUAUAGCAGAUGAAUCGUGGCCGUUCAUUUUCUUUCAUACUAAACAUUUGAGACGCGAGUCCUUUUAGUUAUUUGUGUCAAAGAAUUUUAUUAUAUAAGCCCAUAUUUAUUUAUACAUAAAGCUAGAAACGAUAGUCGUGAAGCAAUGACCACAAAUUGAAUACGACAACCGAAGAAAUCAUACGAAAUCGAGCAUUUCUAAAAUUCCAAUGUUCCAAGCUGUUGAGAGUUUCUUUGUGUGCAUUUAAUUUUAAACAUAUACAUGCAAUCAAACUUGUAUUUUAGCAUGUUACUUUGACCUUUUUAAGUUGAUGUUAUCAUUAAUAAUCAAAUAAAGGGUAAAUUGUAUACAAA